GGUCGACUUGGAGCAAUUCUGGGUGUCACACUGGCCGCCCAGAAACGAGAGGGAAGGCAUGUUUGACAAUAUUGCAGCGAUGUUUGGAGGAGGUCUGGGGGUCGGAGCGGCAGGUAUGGUCUCUUUAAGCGUUCAAGGGGAAUUGCAACAGCUCAAGAGUGCUCCAGUGCUAAAUCCGCAUUUUGGGAUGGUGAUCAAGUAUCUUGAUUGCUUGAAUCGACUUAUGGAUGGCCUGGUUCUAACCAUGGGUCCGUCAGGAGUCACGCCUUGGUUAGUGGAAGUUCAGACGUUGAUACGAUUACUACAGAAGAGAGUGUUUCAGCGAAUGCCUCUGACUAUGCCAGAGCGAUCGGCUCUGCUUAACUUCGCGAGCUAUUGGCGCCGGAUGGUCCAGCCACCGUAUGCUAUGGGUAGACCGGAAGCUCAACUCGUCUUAAUCACACUAACUGAACUCGCCUCAAAAUGAUCGAUACUCUGUGCUGAAACACUAAAGUACUUUAUCAUAUGCAUGCUUCUUAUCGG